AUGGAAAUGCAUCUGUCCCACAACUCAUUCACAUCUGUUGGUGCGAAGGCCAUUGUUGACGCUGCCUUGUCGGCUGAGAAGCUGCAGGGCCUUCCUCCUCUUUGGCUGCGACUGGAGCGCAACAGGGUGGAGGAGGCUCCCGCGCUCCUGGAGAGGUGGCAAAGUCAGCGUCGCUCCAUUUGCAGUGUCACCGAGAGUUGCCGACGACCGUCUUGCUGCUUGGGGAUGCGGGUGCACCUUCCUCACUUCACCGCCCAGGAGACAGAUCCAGUACCCUCGGGGCCAAGAAUCCAUCGGCAAGAGAAGGUUUCGUCACAGGUGAAGUACUCCGGCUCCGACAUGAAGCCUUUGCGGCACCUGAAGCGCCGACCUCCAGAGUCCUGGAAGCUUCCGCUCCGCGGCUCCCGGAGUCCUGUCCGUGUCGCGGGCCCAGGCUCCGAAGACGGGGAAUCAGUGCAACAGGAGCAGUCGAAGUGCUUCAUGAUGAGCCGGAGCGAGAUUCUGCCACGCGAGCACGAGGAGCCAGUCAGCAGUGCUGCUCUCUGGCUGUCCUCUUCGAGAAUCGCAAGCAUGCCGAAUGAUGCCCCAGAAGGCCCCAGCUGCGACGACAUGGACGAUGGGUUGAAGCAUCGAGUACUCGACAUUGCUGCUGCCUGGGAGGUGGAGGUCCAACGGCAGCUGGCGCUUGAGGCGGGCAAGCGUGAUUCUGAUGCCGAAAGUACCGAGGAUCCGGAUGCAAACCGGCAUGACACCAACAGAACGCUGGUGUCGCCGUGGCUGCGCAUGGACGACUGCACGAGAGCCCGGAUAAUAAACAUGGUCGAAGAGCCCGAAAUAGACUUCGACUCCGAGGAAAGCGAAUGGGAUGAGCCACAAGACUCAGACGAAGAAGGUAUGGUGGACAUGGCAGAUGAGGGACGGCGGGGGGAUGAAGCCAUCGCAGACCAGUCAGUUGUGGCUGCGGCAAUGGAUGCCCAGGAGCCACGCGUGGUCUACAGUGGAGAUGGUUUUUUCGUACUGUUCAAGCCGCCCAAGUGUGUUUGUGAACCGCCAAACACAACUAUCGGAGUCGCGCGAUAUGUGCAUCAGUUGGGCAUCGAAGACACAGAUCAUGCAAUUUGCCAUCGAUUGGACCUGCCGACGAGUGGCUUGCUGCUUGUGGGUUCGGAUCCAGAAGUACUGGAUGACUUGUUGCGGCAACGCAAUGCUCGUAGCUGGUGCAAGAACUAUGUCUGCCUGAUGCACGGGUGGCUUCCGUCCAGCCAGGUGGAAGGGACGCUGCAGUCCAAGCUUCGAACGGAGCGCGAGGGACAAGGAUACAGGACAUUUGUGGAUCCUGAAUGGGGCUUUAGUGCCAUCACACAUUAUGCUGCACUUCGGCAUUACAGAUGUCGCAGAAGUGGCAGACCUUUUACGCUCAUGAUGCUGCGCAUCAUCACAGGUCGCACACAUCAGAUUCGUGUUCAUAUCGCCGAAUUAGGCAUAGCUGCCGGCCUGGAAACAGCCGGCAUCGCGGGGGAUGCCAAGUAUCUCGACUCUGCUGCAUUUGCCGCGGAUGUGGCACUCUUCCAGCGCGCUUCGCAGGGGCUCGCAAAGGUUAUCGAGCCACGACUUUGCCUGCAUGCGUGCUCACUGGGAUUCCGGACUCCGCAGAGCAGAUCAUAUCUUACGGUGAAGUGUGGCCUUCCCUCGGACAUGGCCGCCGUCAUUAACAACGAACUGGUGGAAGAGAUGCAGUGUGCCAACGGCUGCGGAUCGUUGGCCGAGAGUGGCCUCUGGAUCCUCAGGGAGCUCAAAACGGCGGCAGCAAAGGCCCGUUUUGAGGCGAGCUGGCGCAGGGGAGCCCUCUUACUGGCUUUCGAAGCCUGGGCCGCCUGGGUUGGCUGGCAGAGGACGCCUCUUCGGCUCUAG